AUAUUGAGGCGUGAUGAACAUACACUUCAAACCUCCCAAUCGCUUCCGCUCCGUCGUCUUCAUUCCCCAACCUUUCUCCCUCGACACCGAUGGCGGUAAGAGCACCGAUCUCUCUUCCCCCGUCUCGCGUACUCCGCCUCCGUAGCCGCAGCACCUGGUCCGACUCCCUUCUCCCCCUUGAACACCUGAAUCAGCCGCUCUCUUCGCGGCCCCUCGUCGCCCGCGCCGCCCUCCCCGGAAGCGGUAGCUCUGGGUCCAACGGGCCGCACGCGCCGUCGAUCUCCCCUUCUUCCGCCUCCUCCGCCAUCGAUUUUCUCACCCUCUGUCAUCGCCUCAAGACUACAAAAAGAAAAGGAUGGAUCAACCAUGGUAUUAACCAUCCAGAGUCUAUUGCUGAUCACAUGUAUCUCAUGGCAUUGAUGGCUUUAAUUGCUGGUGAUAUUCCUGGUCUUGAUAGGGAAAGGUGUAUGAAGAUCGCAAUUGUGCAUGAUAUUGCAGAAGCUAUUGUUGGUGAUAUCACACCAUCAGAUGGUGUUCCCAAGGCAGAAAAGAGUAGACGUGAACAAGAAGCGUUAAAUGAAAUGUGCAAAAUCCUUGGUGGUGGAUUGAGGGCUGAUGAGAUACAGGAACUCUGGGCAGAGUAUGAGAACAAUUCUUCUAUGGAAGCUAGUCUUGUGAAGGAUUUUGACAAAGUGGAAAUGAUUCUUCAGGCUUUGGAAUAUGAAACAGAACAUGGAAAGGUCUUGGAUGAAUUCUUUCUUUCCACUGCAGGUAAAUUUCAAACUGAUGUUGGGAAGAGUUGGGCAGCUGAAGUGAUAUCAAGAAGAAACAAGAGAAGCCUCUCCAUGCCCAUAAAAGAUGCUGCUUUGCUGGUGCAAAACAAUUGCCUCUUACACCAUGGCUCGGUAAGAAGCACCGGCGAUGCCCCUGGUUGGCGUUCACUUCUGUUAGUUCGCUUGGCCAUUUUUGUCUCACAAAAAAAAAGAUAUCAGAAAUCAUUUUGUUUUAUUCAAGAAAACAUUGAGAAUGGAGCAUCAUAAUCGAUGCUUAAAUAAUCUUCUCCUUGAAGUAAGGCUUCUCCA